AUGCCCCUCCCACGUGUCGAAGAGAGGGAUGGGAAUUUUGCUGCUGUUGGCCCUCUACUGAUCGGCGAUGCACCCUUCUCUAGCGGAGCGUUCCUGCUGGACACUCAAGGGGACUUUGGGGGUUACUCUGAGAUUUCUUUGAGACGGGAUCCAGCCUACGUGAGCCGCUCGGAGACAAUGAAAGUACCAACCUCCUCACAGGCACCCAACCCCCCUCUUAGACCGCCCUUCCACCUUCUCUACCACUUUUGGCUUUUCGACUCUUUCCAAAGUGUUGACUAUCGAUCCGGAGCUCUGGGGGAAAACAUUCUCUCCAGGAGUCAUCUCAGGAUCCGAUGA